UGAAACCACACCUUCUUCCUCCACCUGUCGGUAAUCUACUUAGACACACACACACAUACAGACAUAUAUAUAUAUAGGAAAAUUUGGGCUACAGACACAUCUUGAUCCUUCUCUUCCUGCCCUUGGACAGAUAAAGGCCAGGCAGUGUGAGGGGAAGAGAUGUCGAAACACCAGGUAACCUCCGAGAAGCCAAGCUGUAAGACUGCAGGCAAAGGUGGUUUUUCACACGGCCAAGAGGAGAAGACACAAGAGAGCGCGGCCGGCGAUGGGGGUUCCCACCCUUCAGAUUAUUCUGGAGCUCUGUCAGCCAAAGGGCACGAGGAUUCGUGUGAAUGCCACGGUCCCGGCUAUGCGUCUCCUUUGGAUGCCAUGAGAGGCCCCCGUGAGAGGAUCAUCUACGUACCGUGUAUCUUAACCGACUCGGGGACCCAACAACCCGACUACUUGGCCACGGUAGACGUGGAUCCAGAAUCGCCAUGCUACUGCCAGGUGAUCCACCGCCUGCAGAUGCCCUACCUGAAUGAUGAGCUCCACCACACGGGCUGGAAUGCCUGCAGCAGCUGCUUCGGAGACACCACCAAGAAGCGCAACAAGCUAAUCCUCCCCUGCCUAGGCAAUUCUCGUGUUUAUGUGGUGGAUACGGGGACUGAUCCCCGGGCUCCGAGGUUGUUUAAAGUCAUUGAGCCCAGAGAGAUCAUUGAGAAAUGCAACUUAUCUUUCUUACAUACAUCUCACUGCCUGGGUAGCGGAGAGGUCAUGAUCAGCGGCAUCGGAGACGUAUUUGGCAACGGAAAAGGUGGGUUCGCCAUUCUGGACGCGGAGACCUUCGAAGUGAAAGGGACCUGGGAACGACCUGGCGACGCCGCCCCCCAAGGAUAUGACUUCUGGUACCAGCCGAGGCACAACAUCAUGAUCAGCACCGAAUGGGGAAUUCCCAAAUACUUUGUCAACGGGUUCAACGUGGAGGAUCUGGGGAAAGAGCGCUAUGGCCGUCGCCUGAACAUCUGGGACUGGACGACCCAUUGCCUCGUCAAAUCCAUUGACGUCGGGGUGGACGCUACCCCCCUCGAGGUCCGGUUCCUGCACAAUCCAGAUGCUGCCCACGGCAUGGUGGGCUGUGUGCUACAGAGCUCCAUCCAUCAUUUCUUCAAGGGAGAGGAUGGGUGCUGGGUGUCUGAGAAGGUGAUCCAGAUUCCGAACAAGAAAGUGUCCGGCUGGAUUCUUCCUGAAAUGCCAGCGUUCGUCGUGGACAUUCUCAUAUCAUUGGACGACCGAUUCCUCUACUUGAGCAACUGGAUGCAUGGUGAUGUCCGGCAGUAUGACAUCACCAACCCCCACUGCCCAAGGCUGGUCGGCCAGGUGUUCGUGGGCGGCAACAUCUUCAAGGGUGGGGUGGUGACCGUCCUUGAAGAUCCAGAGCUUGACUGCCAGCCAGAGCCCUUUGUGAUGCACGGAAAGCGGGUCUACGGAGGACCCAACAUGCUUCAGCUCAGCCUAGAUGGUCGCAGGCUUUACGUCACCAACUCUUUCUACACACAAUGGGACAAGCAGUUUUAUCCUCAGAUGGUGAGGGAGGGUUCAGUCAUGCUGCAGCUGGAUGUGGACACGGAGAAGGGCGGCCUCUGCGUGAACCCAGACUUCUUAGUGGAUUUCGGGAAGGAGCCGUUUGGCCCUGCCCGUGUUCACGAGAUGCGCUAUCCAGGGGGUGACUGCUCCUCCGACAUCUGGGUCUAGCACACUUUCGCGCCUUUUUCUUCCUAAGCUAUCUCCGCAGGAGCCGGCACGAUGCUCGGAAAGCACAGCUGGAUAAAGGGUUGCCUAUCUUGCUUCGCAGACGCUGCCGCUUUCAAUUCACAUUUUUGUGCUGAUCCCCAGAAUGAUCGCCGACUCUUUAACUCAGGGGCGCUCCCCCUGAUUCCCCCACACCAAAACUUCUUGCCCUGCAAUUUCAUGAGGUCGCAAGGCUCCUCUGCAUCAUUGGAGCACCCUCAAAAUUUGCCAAAUUGUUUUUAUCAAUGUUGCAACGCCAGAAAUGGACAUCCAGGGAAUUCCAGUCUCAUUCUUCAUUUCGGGGGUGGGAGAGGGUGUUAUGAUGGUUCCACAUAGGAUCCCAGGGUCAGUGAAUUGGUCCCCAGACCUUCUGGAAUUGCCCCCACAGGCUUUAGCUACAAUGGGUUGACUGCUGGCCCGUAUAAGGAUCCCUUGACCUACUCCUCUUGUGUUCUGAUGUAACCCUUCUGUACGCUGCGCCUACCGUGGAUGGGAUUCUGGGUGCACAAGAUUGCAAGACAAAAUGCUUUAUUCAAAUCCACGGAUGAGGCAUGUCCCAUGCAAAAUUCCCACUGACCUCCAAAAGGCUAGGGGCUUUGCUGCUUCCUUUUUCCUUCUUCCCUCCUUUGCUUUUCUUGCAGACCUUGUUUUAGGAAGGAAGUUCUUAAAUGGAGCUCCUUUUCCCUUUUCACGGAUGCUGCAGGACUCUCCCCUGGCAUCUCUGGCAGCAAGGAAAACCAUGCACGAAAGCCCACGGGCAUAAUAAAAGGGUGUUUCA